AUGUCCCACCAGGAGGAGACCUUGGGCCAGACCCAAGGCCUGCUGGAGGGAUUAUAUCUCCCAUAUCGCACUUACCAGGUGAAGGCGGGUCGAGAUGGACAACCUAUGGCAUUCCUACUGUGUGACACCAUGGGAGUGGAACAUGCUGAAUAUGGAGGGGUGAACACUGAAGAUAUUUACAGCAUCCUGAAGGGCCACAUACAAGACCAGUACACUUUCAACCCUAUAUCACCAUGGAAACCUAGUGACAGUCAGGCAAAGUGCCAAUUGCCACUUUCGGAGAGGAUCCACUGCGUGGUUAUGGUGAUGGACACCAACAAAUUAAAAAUUUUGCCAGAUGCAAUGUGGGGGAAACUUCGUAACAUCCAGCGCAAAGUUGACUCAUAUGAUGUCCCUCUACUGGUGCUACUGACCCAAGUGGACAAAGCGUGUCCACAUGUGGAAAAGGACAUAAGAGAUGUAUACCGCAGCUGCUUCAUAAAGGAGCUGAUCUACAAGGUGAGUGACCGUCUGGGCAUUUCAGUGUCGCAGGUGCUUCCAGUGAAGAAUUACUCCCAUGAGAUUGCACUGGAUGAGAACUGUGACAUCCUGCUUCUCACUGCAAUGCAACAGAUGCUACACUUUGCUGACAAUUACUUUGACGAUUGUAAUGAUGGCACAGAGUAGAGAUGUUCCAGAAACAUGUGUGAUCGGUGCCAUCACAUUUCUCUCAUGGUGUUGAGAGCCACUGUCCAGCUGUUGUGCCCAAUACCAAGUUAGAUCCCUACUCGCUAUACUUAUGCAGAAAUCUAUUUCUUUACCUUAAUUACACACAAGCCUUUUUUUGUAAGUUAAAUUUAAAAUUCUCUUUUUACUUGGUGAUGUAUGAUGUGUGCAUAAAACCAAAGAUAUAAUCAAGUGUACAGUGUAACCCUACACUGGAUUAGAUGCUAAGCUAAUAAAAAUGACUGGUGAUUCUCAACUGAACUCUGUCAAUCUUAACCAUAGUUUGGUUCAGUGUAUUACAUCUAUAUUUUGAGUUUGCUUGUGUGUCUCUGUCAGACUGAUUACUAGACUUUGGGUUUGAAAAUGAUUAACUAAAACAGUAUCUCUUAUUUGUUCAUAUUUUGAUUAAAAUGAAUCUUCCAUUUGGGUCUAUGA